UCCUGUCACGUUUCGCACAGCGGCUCUGCGCUGCCCACUCCUCCAGCACAUGGGAUGGAUGGGCGGUUCGUCACAGGCGCGCAGCCGCUCCGCCUCCGAGGCGUUGUGGAAGGAAGGAUCACUGACGGGAGACUGCGCCGCAAGACGAUAAACAAGCAUCAGUGUCUGUAUUUUAUUGUUCAUCUGCAGAGAGAAAUCGCAACGGUGGCAAAGAAGCGUUUGUGCACUAGGAUUUCAGGACCGGGACGUUGGAAAUGCGCCGCCCUGCGUGCGCAUUCGGAGACAACGUCCAACGCGUCAAAGAAAUCAGAUUUCUCUGGGUGACUUGUGUUUACACGGGAGUCAACCAAAGCCACGUUUUUGGCAAGCUAUCUUGGUUGGGACAGUAUAGUACAGGGGUGUUUAGCGCUUGGUUCUCCGCCUAAGCAAACGGUGGAGCGGAGCAGGGAGUAAAACAGCGAAUAGACAGCACUCGAAGUUCUUUUUUUUUAAUCCUUGAGGGAAAAACUGAACAUCAUGGAGAGUUGCAGCUGAUCGAAAGGGCGAGCACAUGUUGGAGGUUUGUUUGAGCGCUGCGUAAACUUUGUGUAUGGAUGUGGACAUGGAAAGUGUUGCAAACUAAACACAACUACAGCUAGCCUCGGUGGCAAGAGGGAAAGAUAUAUUGAUAGUGUUUUAUUUUUGUUUUGGGGUUGUUGUUUUUUUGGAAGUAGGAUUUGCUCUGUGUUGUUGUCAUCGAGUUUCGGGCGAAAAGUCUGCUGGGUCAACAUGGAGAGUCACGACGAGAAGGAGAAGUCGGACAACAGGUUCGCCCUCACUUACAUCGGCUGGUCCCUGCUGGACAGGCGGACCACCCUACCCAUGCUGCCGUGGCUGGUGGCCGAGAUCCGCAGGCGGUGCGAGAAAGGCGACUGCGGCCCUGUGAUGCAGCCCAGGGAAGUUCAUCUGGUCCUCUGCCCCCCCUUCAUCCGAUGUGUCCCCACCACCAGCAACAACUCCUCAGUGUUCAUAUUCGAGCACAAAGCACAGCUCAUAUCUCGCUUCAUUCACAACAGCAAUGACCUCACCUAUUUUGCCUAUCUCCUGCGGGGCCAGCCCGACAACCCCGAGUCCGAGAUGUCCUGUCACGUCUUUAAGGCCUGCGACCCCAACCAGGUCCCUGAGGUGAUUAGUAACAUUCGCCAAGUGUCCAAAACAGCGCUUAAGGAAGAUUCCAAACCCAAACAGGAAACCGACGAGGCCUUCUACAACUCCCAGAAGUUUGAAGUGCUUUACUGUGGCAAGGUGACGGUCGGAUACAAGAAGGCUCCAUCCACGCUCGUCGAUGAUUGCAUCGACAAGUUUCGCCAGCACGAGAUUGAGCGCAAACGCGUUCGACUCCUCAACGGUCAACGAGGAUCCACGGAGAGCCCCCCUGUGGAGUUUCUCAUGGGAGGCGAAGGAGACCCGCUCUCCUCUGCUCUGAAUGAGACUAUGGAAGACCCCAGAGGUCCUGGAGGGGAGGACGUGACCUCAGGUAAAGGUAUUCUCAGCAGCGGCAGUCAGAGCAACCUACGAGGAGCGUUCCCCGAGUCCAUCCAGGAGGACUCGGGAUUCGAGGAGCCCCAGGAGUUUCGGACACGCUGCAGCAGCAUGGUGGGGAGUCUGCAGAGGAAGCCGGGAGAAGGCCUCGUCAUGGUUUCCACACGCCGUCGUCACGCUAGCGCACCAAAUCACGUUCAGCCUUCGGAUGCAGACAAAAACCGCACUAUGCUCUUUCAGGUUGGACGUUUUGAAGUAAACCUUAUAAGUCCUGACAGUAAAACUGUGGUCCUGGAGAAGAACUUCAAGGAUAUCUCAUCGUGCUGUCAGGGUAUCAAACAUACUGACCAUUUUGGAUUCAUCUGUCGGCACCACUCAGAGUCUGGUCCCAGUCAGUACGUGUGCUACAUUUUCCAGUGUGCCAGUGAAUCCCUGGUGGACGAGGUGAUGCUGACACUGAAGCAGGCCUUCAGUACAGCAGCCGCCUUACAAAGCAACAAGACUCAGAUCCAGCUAUGCGAAGCCUGCCCCAUGCAUGACCUGCACAAGCUCUGCGAGAGGAUUGAAGGUCUCUACCCACCUAGAGCAAAGUUAUCCAUCCAGAAAUAUCUCUCCCAGCUGACCGACAAUGAGCAAGCUGAGAUUUUUGAGCGAGUUCAGAGACUGAAGCCUGCGUCAGACCAGGAGGAGAAUGAGCUUGUGAUUCUUCAUCUGAGACAGCUCUGUGAAACCAAACAAAAGUCCCACCUCCACAUUGGAGAGGCCCCUAAGAAUGCAGCAAACAGCUCAGCAGCAGGAGAUGGCACAGCCACCGGCAGUCGCUUCAAGCUCGACAUUUUUAAGAAUAAAGCGCGUUCAUCCCUCACUAGCUCUCUGGAGAAUAUCUUUGCAAGGGGCGCCAGUCGAAUGCGCGGCCGCUUGGGAAGCAUGGGAAGCAUGGGAAGCAUGAGCAGUUUUGAAAGAGAUGAGGAAUCUCCUGGUCACUCCCCCCCAGGUUCCCCUCCUGCCUUCCCGGACGAAGACCCGGAAGCUGGCUUUCAGUUUCGUCGGCGCGCUCACACCUUCAGCCAUCCACCUGUGAAAAAACGCAUCUCCUUCGACGGCCAAUUGCCAAUACAGAACAAACAGACUCCGCUUCGCAGGCAGCAAUCCGUUAACCCAGAGUUGCUGCAAAGCAGUCCCGUGGCUGUUUCAAGAACACGCAGUGUUUCAGAGAGCGAGUCCUCCUCCUCCACCUUCAGCCUCCCCUCCUCCUUCACUGCUCCCACUUUCCUGAAAAGCUUUUACCAGGGCUCACUGGGUUCCCUGAACUCCCUUCCAGACAGUGGGAGCCUCAAGAGCAAUGGCGAAGGCAGGAAGAGGACUCUGUCUGGCUGUAGCAGUGACUCGUUCAGCGGGGGUCUCCCUCUGAGCCCACGCAGGGUCUCCUGGAGACAGAAGAUCUUUCUUAGAGUCGCAUCGCCAAUGAACAAGCCAUCUGCAUCCAUGCCGCACACAGACGACUCCGAAAACAGGGAGCUGUUGCCUCUCUCUCCUCGUGCCUCAUCUCUGGACCCUUUGGGUCAGCUGCUGCCCCAGGCAGGCGACCCUGGGUCAGAGAGGAAGUCAAAGAGGACGGCAGCUGACUACCGGGCUCUCUGGAGGACAGCUAUCCACCAACAGAUCCUCCUGCUGCGUAUGGAGAAGGAGAAUCAGAGACUUGAAGCGAGCCGAGAUGAGCUGCACAUCCGCAAGAUGAAGCUUAACUACCAAGAAGUGAGCGAGUGCUCCAAAGAUGCACAGGCUUUGUGGGAGAGAAAACUGACAGCCCCGGGCAGAACAACGGUCCCACAAGACAAGGAAGAAAUGUAUCGUGCCCUCUGCCAAGGAGUUCCAAAGAGCAGACGCGGGGAAGUCUGGUUGCUUCUUUCCCAUCAGCACCGGCUGCGUCACAGACUCGCGCCACGUCAGCUAGCCCUGGAUACCCACUACCAUGACCUCCUCAAGCAGCUCACCGCACAGCAGCAUGCCAUUCUGGUCGAUUUAGGCCGGACCUUCCCCACCCACCAGUACUUCUCAGCCCAGCUUGGCGCUGGACAGCUCUCCCUUUACAACCUCCUGAAAGCUUACUCUCUGCUGGAUACAGAGGUUGGCUACUGCCAGGGUAUCAGCUUUGUGGCUGGAGUUCUGCUCCUCCACAUGGGUGAAGAGCAGGCCUUUGACAUGCUGAAGUUUCUCAUGUAUGACCUCGGCAUAAGGCGGCAGUACAGACCCGACAUGGUCUCUCUGCAGAUUCAGAUGUACCAGCUCACCAGGCUGUUGCACGACUAUCACCGUGAGCUGUACAACCACUUUGAGGAGCACGAGAUCUGCCCGAGCCUCUACGCCGCGCCGUGGUUCCUCACGCUCUUUGCCUCGCAAUUCCCACUCGGCUUUGUGUCCCGGAUCUUUGAUUUUGUGUUUGUCGAGGGGUCUGAGGUGAUUUUUAAAGUGGCCCUCUGUCUGCUGGGCAGCCAUGAGGGGGAGAUAGUUGAGUGUGACAGCUUUGAGAGCAUUGUGGACUAUCUGAAAACGACACUCCCCGCCCUCAGCCACACACAGAUGGAGCAGACCAUUGCUAAGGUAAUGGAGAUGGACAUCUCAAAGCAGCUGCAAGCAUACGAAGUGGAGUACCACGUUCUACAAGAUGAGAUGUUAGAAUCUGGACCACUGCCUGAUGACUCUGAGCGGCUUGACAAGCUGGAGAAGACAAAUGCGCAGUUGAAGAAGCAAAAUAUGGAGCUGCUGGAAAAACUUCAGGCUGCGCGGCAAAAGAUUCAGACUCUGGAGACGAGCAUGGAGAACUUCCUUUCUCGGGAGAGCAAAAUGAAGCACAUGAUUCGCUCUCUGGAGCAGGAGAGGGCAGCUUACCAGAGAACCAUUGAACGCAUGCGCUCGUGCCUUCCUCCUGAUGCCUUGACAGAUGUAGAGAUGACCCAGAUCAAAACAGGGCCCAACGGGAAAGCCAAAACAGCAGCCAAAAAGCCCUGAUGGCAACCAGGGUGCCGGCUGCUGUGGGCCAGACGCACAGGCAGAUACCAAAAUGAACAAAUGAAGACUGUUUUGUGGAAAGCUGCUGAGUUCCACCGCAUUGUUGUAAUGCUGUACAAGAGCUGUACACUAUUUUUUUUUUCUUUCUAAAUGUGUUUUGUCUGAAGUGGAGACGCGCAGACUGUAUAGGGAAAUAUCUAUGUGACAUUCGUCAGAAGAUAAUAGCGUAGUGGGAGGAGAGUUUCAUCUGUAUUAGCAAACAGACCGUUCCCAUAGUGCAUUGGAGCCACUGUUCGUCUCAUCCAUUUCACUGCCAGUUUGAAGGUGAGAUCAAGAUGCACACCAUCCUUCACUUCUGAGAUUUUUUUGGUGAGAGUGAGAAACGGAUCUGCUCCUGCAAUGUUUUUUUUGUUCUUUGAGCACUACUUUCAUUCUCAGCAACACUACAAAAGUAGUGAACAGAAGGUGCCUAUUGGCAAAUAAUCUUUUGGACCUCAGGGUCAACUUAUAGCCAUUACCAGUGUCUUUGAUCUUGGAGUGAAGAUCGCGUUGUUUUUGAUAUCUUCAAACUUGUGUCUGCGAUGGACGCGCAGCCUCAGGCUAUUGAUGUUGCUUUGUUACUUCUGUUUAAUUCACUUGAAAUUUUUGUGAAUGUAAUUUCUCUCCAAAGAUCACGGUGAAAAUGUGUCGUUCCCCACCUCGCCCACCUACAGAGACAUCUGAGCACACAUCUGCCAUAUUAGGCUUUAAACUUCUGCGGAUACGUAUAUAGUAUCAUGUUUAUCUCUUGGCAUCGCCUCACUGCCUUCACGUGAGAGAGCUUUAGUACUUGCACUUGCUACUUUUAAGGAGGAAGUGUUUCUUCCAAAGCUCAGGCAGGAUGUGUGGUUGUCUGCCUUUUCAGUUUCCUGUGUGACUGACCGCGGUGUCGCCUUCUUUUAGCACAAAGAUCAGACACUGAGACAGAGUUCACACUCCCCGGGCGCCGAACAACAGACCAAGGUGGAGGAGUGAUCUGAAUGUACAUCACAUGGUUCUCUCAGAGAAGAAAAAAGUCUGUAUGCGAUUUUUUUUUUCUCUUUUGUUUUGUGUGUAACAGUUGAAUGCAGGUAGCUAGUCCUGUAGAUCUAACACACAGUGGCAGUUGCUUUGCUGGUUGUCACACGUCAGCAUGUUUGCGUUAAAACUCAAGUGUUUAGGUGAGCAGAGCAGCAGUAAAGGAGAAAACUUGAAGACACUUGAGUGUUCUAUUCACUGGUAGGGAGUCUCUCCUAAUACAGGGUAAUAUAUACAGUAUAUAGGCACACACAAACACACACUGUGAUGUGAACUGCCUGGCUGUAAGGACAGACAGUUUUAUGAGUUCAGCGAGUGUCCCUGGCUCCCUUUUCAGUUUUGUUUUAGCCCACCCCUGUGUCUGACUCACCAUCACUGGUUCUGAUUGAAAGCAAAGCAGUCUUGGGCUUGACUUCACUUUGAGAAAACGCCCUUCCGUUUAAACCAAGGUGAUGUCUAUCAAAGGGAGGGGGAAAAAGUACCCACUAACAGUGUCUAUCACUCUUUCCGUCCUUGGUGACAAGUUGCGAUGACACAUUUGUCUGUUUCACUUUUUAUUUUUAAAUGUCAGUACAUGUGGGCAUGUUCUGUGGCAGACAAUGCAGUGUGUUGAUGUUAGGGAUCCUUUACCCAGAGCACAGCAGCUGUUCCACGCAAGGCUGACGAAUCGAGCCCGAUCGUCUCGGUCAGGGUGGGAAUUUGUCUUGUAAUUGAUGCGAUUUUGUUCAAAUUCAGGCCAAACGUUUCAUACUUUAUGGAGAAAUGGCCACAUCUUUACAGCAGGGAUUUUCUAAAUAGUUAAGAAAGGAAAACAUAUCAAACAACAAAUUGUUAAACAUCCAUUCUUCACCACUCCCCUGCCUCUUUUUGCCUGUGUUUUGCUUAACUACAGAAUUUGUGAAUCUUAGAAAUAGGUCACCGAACCAAAGAUGUGAUUGUUUUCCAAAAGCAAAUUCAUUCAAUCAAAAUGAAGUGACAUCUGUUUGCAAUCUUUUGGUUUUUACUAUGACAAGAACUCCAACAGUUACCAAAUAUUGGUAAUUUAAAAACACAAAAAAGGUGCAUUUUUUCCCCAUCAUGUUCAUUUUUUGUGCCAAAGAUGGCCUUUGUUUCUUUUAUUCAGAGUUAUGAUAAAAGCUUCUUUUUGAUAUCUAAUGUAAAGCACGUUCAGGUGCUGAGUCUUGACUUCUACAAUAAUGUGUGCAUCACUGUGUUUUAACAAAAGACUGUCAACACGAGGGCUACCGAGAGGCAAAGAAACUGUCAUGAAUUCUUCAAUAAACCUCACCUUGCCUUUU